ACUUCGAAACAAUGACGAAACAUACCAUUAAAUAUCAGUAGCGUUCAGAGCCGUAAUCAAUUGUGCGAUAAGUUUAUAUUUUUACGAAGAGAUUCGUGCAUUCAAGAUUGAAAGUAUUUAUUUUUAGUACGUCUGUUCAAGUGGUAGAUUGCUCACAUUUGAAAAUGUUUGUCUGGAAAUUGACGGUGAUAUUAUUGAACAUUUGCAUGGCAAUUUGUGUUAGAAAUCCAAACGAAAUCAAGUAUGUUGAAAUGGCUACACACAGACCAACGCUUGAAGAACUUAAAUCUGUUUUAGAAAAUGCUCUGAACAAAAACUUCGAUUUUGUGAGCGUCGAGGUUGUGGACAGUCCCAAUUUAACCGAAGAACCCUUUAAAUUGGCAUCUCCGGGAAUCAGCGGUGAUCCGCUCAUUUUCGAAUAUGGCAAUGAUGAUUACUUACUGCCCCUGGUCGAUAGAACUAAAGUUUACGAUCUAAUUCCAAUCGUUCGCCGAAUACCCAGUUACAGCGAAAAAACAUUCUUCGCCUGUGGAGCCGGUGCUGGUCCAUUUGAUUGGCUUCAACAAAAUAGCGAAGGAAUUUACAAUUUAAUGGUUCAUCAGAACGGUUCUGUGACGAACGAAAACCAUGUUGUGCGAACCAUUAGUGAUGGCAUCGAAGUGUUGAAAGUUCCAAACAACGAAACGCGAGCGGCUCUACUCGGGAAUAUUUUUCUAACCGAAGGUAAUGCAGGAAAAGUGCUAAAAGUCGUGUCACGUAACAGAACCGGUCCGGAAAAUUUUAUAUCGGCCAUGAGAAAAGGUCUCACCGACUAUUACACUGAAGAGCAAGUGGUUGGACUGGGCGGAGCAUUCGUCAUGAAAACGGGCAGUGCUUUCGUUCACGUGAUGGACGAAUUCUCUGAAACGCCAAUUCAUACCACUCAAGAACUGAACAAUUGGCUGACUUUCCACGAAAUACAAGGGCCACUGAUAGCACUCGGAGAUUUCGUUUCGCAGGAAACCGAUUUUAAGUUGAGAUUGCAACAUUUCCAUUGCUAUUCGAAGCACAAUCACGGCGGACACUAUCACUACGACACCACACGAGAUAUCGUCGAGUAUGAGGGCUACUUCAAUGUGGUGAAUCGAAUUAUUAUUGUAGAUAAGAAUGCGACUAGUGAGGCGACAAGCAUUGCUGCAUUAUUCAGUAUUGCUACUGUUGCCAUAUCAAUUUUUGCGACAGCGCUAUUAACACUUUAAAUUUUAAAGCUCUUAUCACUAAAGCCUCUAAAUUUGGCAGUGUUCAUGCAUGCUAGGAUCAGUGCUGUGCUGAAAGCAACAGUUAUGCUGCCUUUUCUAUUGUUUU